AUGUGCCACGGUCAUCCUCGACAUCACCCCUGCUCCCACACGUCCAUCAACUGGCACUACUGCCCCUCUGCCCUCAUCGACCUCGAGACGGGCUACGAGACGCCCUGCUCCAACAUCUCGUUCGCCGCCGCCCAGCCCACCAACUCCGACUGCCCCCUCCAGAACUGCCAGUUCAAGAGCAAAGGGGGUAGUUGGACUUGCUGCUCGUGCCGCCAGGGGCCAAACACUCAAGGAUGGUGCACCAUGCCCCUGAGCCGUCUCGAGAUGGAUCCCGAGUCCUAUACCGUCGAGGCUGUUGAGACGACGUGUGAUCACGGCUGCUGUAGCAAGUGUAUCCGAUACGAGAUGCGCAAAGGCUCGGCAUCCCGCAAGUUCGGAUACAGCAGCGCCACAAAGUCGCAUCGGCGCGGCUCGGCCUUUUCGCUCAUCGGGGGGUUCCCGGCCGCCGCGUCCGAGGAGGACUCUACGCCGUCCCCGUCGACAUCCAAGUCGAGCUCGGGAGGCUCGGGGUACAAGAUCGACAUGGAGUACACCUCGAGCAAGACCAAGUCUAGCAAGAAGAGACACAAGUCCAAGCGCUGA